AUGUCUCAUGAACCCGAAGAUGUGAAGCCCAAACUCAACUUGAACAUUUCAUAUGAUGGUACCCAAAUUACCGUCAAAGUGAAGACAAACAUGAAAUUCGCAAAGAUCUUCGAAGCAGCAGAGAAACGUUUCGGAAAAGACAAAGGAACCUUCAAAUUCACAUAUGAUGGCCAACGAAUCAAACCUGAACAAACGCCUGCAGAGGUGGGUAUGGAGGAUGGGGACCAAAUAGAUGCUUUCCUGGAGCAGUUGGGUGGCGGAUAUUGCCCAUCAUAA